AUGACCUGGGAUUGUUUGUUGUCUAUGGUUUUUGGACUAAUCCUUAGAAAUUUGGUCAAGAAAUAUGCAUCGAAAAACGUUUUAGAUAGUCUCACAUAUUCAUCAUUAGAUCAGUGGGACUCUGUCAAUGAAGGGAUAUAUUUACAAAACCAUGGGAUUUCUGCCUAUGAGGGGGAUGUAGUACAUCAGCCUCCUUUGUUGCUAUUAAUGUGGUCUUACUUAUUGAAGCUGACGAAUGGAGAUGCGACUUAUUAUCAUUUGGCUCUUGAAUUCAUCUUGCUGAUUUCCUUGUUCAUAUUUUGUGGGUCGAUGUUUAAUUGUUUUCUCUCGAUUCAACAUCGUGACAAGUCUUCCGUACACCAUUCAUCAAAACACCUUUUAUUGAAAGAAAUAGAUCUCCAGAAAUUUCAGGCACUUUCAGUGAUAUGGUACGCGCUUAAUCCAUACUCGAUACUGAUUUCAGCUGCUCAGUCGACAUCUGUAGUGUACAAUAUUGUCUUUCUAUGGAUCAAUCUAUCUGUCUGCAGAGGUCAUCUGUUAUUGGCUGCUGCGCUUUGCGCUGUUGGAUGUUACAUUCGUAUAUAUCCAGGAUAUUUAAUGUUUCCAGUUUUAGCUGCCGCUUACAUUCAGUAUCCUAAUCCAUCGAAAGGGAUAAUUUCUCUUUUAUCUAAUCUCCUAUUACCAUUGGUUACUUUCAUUGGAAGUAUUUCAAUUUUAUUAUGGAUUAGUUAUAUUAUACAAAAUCAUGAUUGGAGUUUUUUAACAUCAGUUUAUUGGAAUACUAUCACUAUAACUGAUUGUACACCUCAAAUGGGUAUCUUUUGGUAUAUGUUUGUUGAAAUGUUUGAUCAUUUCAGUGAAUUUUUCACAUGGGUUUUUCAACUACUUAUUUUCACUAUAGUAGUUGGUUUGACAAUUAAAUUUAAUCGUAAUCCGUUAUAUAUAUGCCUUGUAAUAUCAUUUAUUAUCAAUGUAUUACAACCAUAUCAUAAUAUUGGAGAACUUGGCCUCUUAAUAUCUAUUCUACCAAUGUGGAGUCAUCUUUUAAAACAAACCCGAAUGUUAUUUAUUUCGUCGUGUUGUUUGUUGACUGCAUUGAUUCUUAGUCCAUUAUUUCAUUACAUCUGGUUGCAACCGGGUACAGGAAAUGCGAAUUUCUAUUUCGCUGCAUCAUUGGUGCAUGCAUUUGGACAGGUUAUCCUUAUUACAGAUUUAUUAAAUGCUUAUGGAAAAUAUGAAUUUUUUUUACAUCAUGGUUCCAAUCUUCAAUUGAGUACUGGUGAAAAAUUAAAAUUAAUUCAAGAAUAA